GCGUCGUUGACAGUUGACUUGGUCUUGUAUGAAGGCAUCAAUUUUUAGUGGAAACGGGGCUUCAUGGAAAGCAUGGGGUGAAUUGCUCAAGUCACCACCCUAAAGGGGUCCAGUGACAGUUGCAACGCAGAACUUGGCAUGUCAAGCACCAGUUCAACACCACAGCUCUGGGAUCCUUUGCCUCAUGCUGGGGCUCACAGUCCUCCGACUCCAAAUUGGCAACGGUAUAGCCACAGGAGACCUGUGAAACCAGGGGAGCGACUUGAAGCAACAUCAUCUCCUCCCUCUUCCCCGCGACGGGAAAGGUCUGUUGAGCAGCUAUCUUGCCCACUAGCAUCAAGACCAGAAUGGACGAGACGAUAUCUCCUUCCAGUCUGGGAAAUUGAGGCAAUUCGUUCGAGAUUGAAAGGUGCAGCAUACUUGGGGACUGACCGGGCAAGGCGGCUUAAGCAAAGGUUGGAUGUCGAGCGGACCGGGUUUUUGACACCUGAGCAGCUCCGCAGGGUUGUACGAUUGAAACUUCGUGUCAAAGAGACGCAUGUUUCCAAUGAAGACUUGUCCAAUCUGAGUUUCAUGCUGGAUUUUGAUGAAUGUGGCAUGGUCAGGGUGGAUAAUUUCAUUGCAUUUGUGUUGGGCAAGCAGGAAGUUCUUUGGAAACCCGUCAGGGAUGCCAAAACUUUAGCAACGCAGUUAGGUUCCACGUCCAGUACCGUGCAGACAAGAGCAACCGUUGACUCUAGGCUCAGUUCACGCUCUCCUUCGCCGAAGACGUUAAGACCAGAACAAAUUCCAGGACUUCCUUUGGCUCAGUUCCCUCGUUCCAGGUCUCCUUCACCAAUGCGGGUGCGGAUGAAUAUGCCUGCCAAAUCUGCACAGACACCUUUCUCUUUCGAGAAAGAGGUGCUGCGGUGUUGCCACUCUGGAAACUUGGGCCGGCUGCGGAGACUGCUUGCCAGCAAGGGGGCCAAGCCCCUGGAUGAUGACCUAGGAUGCACCUGCGCUCAUCUUGCAGUUCACCUUGGGGAUGAAGAACUUGUGGGUCUUUUGCUCCGUUCCCAUGUUGACCCAAACUGCCGAGCCCAAAGUGGGGCAAGUUUGCUACUUCGGGCGGCUUUGCAUGGGCAUAAAGCUAUCGUGAGGAACCUCUUGACCAAUUGGCGGGUGAACCCCAUGGGUGUGGAUGACAAGGGGCGUACCGCUCUUCACACUGCAUGCUGCCAAGACUUGGGCACUUUGGAACUGCUGGCGGAACACUCUCCCAUGGCCAUGCACAUCAUAGACGCACUCGGCAGGAGUUGUCUAUUCUAUGCACUGGCCAACCCGAACUCAGAUGAGCAAGCUCGCAUUCUGCAGUAUCUCCUCCGCAAUGGAUGUGACCCGAAUGCACCGGAUGACUAUGGUUGCACACCUUUGUGGUAUGCCACAGAGGCAGGAAACGAUGCGGCAGCCAGUUUACUGCUUUGUGCUGGAGCCGAUCCUGAAAUGAUGGCCGCCACAAGCACCAUUGAAGGCAUCGGUGAGGAAGGAAGGCAAGGGAGAAACUUGAAAAAGCCAAGUCUCCGAAGGAUGAACACUUGUUGAAGCGAAGGAUGAGCAAUGAUCCAGACCAAAGGUCUGAGCAUGCUCAAUAACCAUGCAGGAGAACACCCAAACACUGUAGUUGUUGUGCCCUGAGUUUGGAAGGGGUCCCGAGUGAAAGGACACAGGAAAUGGUAGUGAGGGGCAGCAUCUCCAGGUUUGGGUGUGGAAUUAGCAGAAUGCUCUGCUAAGCUUGGGCUUGCAG